AUGGUUCUUUACGGGAUUUUCGUUUACUUGCCCGACGGGCAGAGCACUGUCGGCUCCACUGCAAAAGGGCAGAGCACUGUUGGCUCCACUGCAAAAGGGCAGACCAUCACUCCAAGUGGGAACACAGACCCGCCGUCUUCCGUGGACUGGAAAACACCCUGGCACUCAUUCAACUACAAAGAGCUUGAUGUACCAGCAAGCAUCAGCACUGAAGCCCGCCAAGUGACGCCAUCGGAGGCAACCGUUGUCGUCGAUGGCCUUACCGUGUUUUAUCGGGAAGUGAAUCCCCAGGGAGCAUAUGCCAACAUUUCAGUCUUGAUGCUGCACGGUGCUGCUUUCAAGUCUCAGACAUGGUACGACCUCGGAACCUUGGGAAACCUGGGUUUGAUGGGCUACCGAGUUGUGGCCAUCGAUGUACCCGGAUAUGGCAACUCUCCCUCUGGGACGAUCACCGACAAGGCAGCAUUCAUGCAGCACCUCUUGGCUGCCCUUCGCCUCAAGGAUCCGGUGAUUGUGAGCCCAAGCAUGAGCGGUGGACUGAGCCUGCCAUUCUUGAUCAAGCAUUGGCAAAAGAUGGCCGGAUAUGUUCCAGUGGCCCCAGUGGGUACAAAUGCCCUAUUGCAAGUGCAGUGCGACACUGCUGAUGCCCCGGUGGACGUGUCGCAAGUGUAUGCAGAACUUCGUGCCUAUGUGCCCAACCCGGUUCCCAAUCUGAGCUGCAUCAAGGUGCCCACAAUGGUGGUGUUCGGCGAGCACGAUCGGGGUUCGAGUUCAGCCAUACUGAACCUCUUGCCCAACAGUGUGGCCGUUGAAAUACCCAACGGGAGGCACCCAGCAUACCUUGACGAUCCCAAGCUGUGGCACCAAGCAUUGUACAACUUCCUCUUGCGUUUGCGCCAACUGCGGCGCUGAGCUACCGAUAAGGGCAGCAUAUGUUUCGUUGCCCCACCGAUUGUUUCAUAUUGUUGCAUUCCUUUCAAUGCCUUGAAAGUGUUUGUAAAUCAUAUGCUGUAUUCUAACUGUCUAUAUAAUUUAUUUUAACACUUCACGUCACUAACAGCACCUCCAAACUUAUUCUGGCUGGUGCAGUUACAUAUCUUAUAUAAACAUAUAUACGUUCACAUAUAUUACCGAUACGUGAUAGGAGCUUGUGCCUGUGCCAUUGUGCAAGUGCUUGCAUUUCAAACUAUGCCUUCUUACAUUAAAUAUGUGGACAAAUUGAAACAAGGAUGACACAAUGUCCCGAAUUGCUGCCCUCACAUAUCAUAUUUUGU